AUGAGCGACCGUGAAACCAGAUUACGACUCAGAUUACGAGACAUCGGAGUUUGCCGAGGCGAGAGCCACCUUGAACCAUCAUCAAGAGAAGACAAGCAGUGCUGUGGGAGUUUAUCUCCCUUGAGAAUCAAGUCGUCAACGGGUUAUAAGCCGGACAUUACUUGGUGGCAAGUGUACCGUCCGUCGGCGCGCAUACCCCGGAGAGGGACGAGGGAGCAACAUCAGACAUGCAUUCUGGACAAGACACACAUUCAACUGGGAGUACCAGAGACGAACACCGUUGCAGUCUGCCAGGCCUGUAACCAGCUCCAAGUACUUGGCAUUCGGGCAAGGAUCCCCGGGGGAACAAUGUAUUUAACAUCCAGACACAUCAAGCAACUUGGACUUGUGGUAACAGGACUAUGCAUGACGGUGUUUCUACUGUUGUUCACGUACACCAACCAACGCAAGAUUAAAGGCGCGCAGACAGAUGUUGGACACAAGACGGCACAACAUCGUCUAGAGGGCGCACUUUCCAUCUUACAUGGCACUAGACAAACAGAAAUGAAUAAACAGAGCAAAGAUGAGUUCCUGGCGGCGCAAGCGGUGAUCCAGCAAGAACGUCUACGCCAAGUUAAGGUGGGAUGCCAAACAAUGUCUAACUCCACCCAAACUGUUGCAUCAUUCGAAGACCUGUCCAAAGAGGCGCUGACGCAUUAUAUCGUUGAUGAUACUCACCGUCUGCUGUAUUGCAACAUCCCCAAGGUGGCUAGCACAAGCUGGUUACGGAUAUUUCUCGCCUUGAAAGGCGUCUUGGCCAACGCCUACGAUGGCGAUCAGCAAUUUGUGCAAAAAGACGCCGCUUCGAGUCUACGGUUGUUGAGUUCGUAUGGGCGACACGAGAUGGAGACUAUACUCCGUACUUACACCAAAUUCGUCUUCGUGAGGAACCCGUUUACGAGGAUCCUGUCUGCAUUCCGUAACAAGCUGGAUCCGAAGUUGUCACAUGAAGGUCACAGGCUGUGGAGUGGAUGGAUUAAGCGUAUCAAAACUCAUAUCCGAAAUGGAUCGUCGUCGGCCACAGAAUUGACAUAUGACUUGACAUUCCCUGACUUCGUAAGGUUCGUCACUGAUCGUCGUUCCAUGUCCAAUAGACAUUGGACCAGCAUGGUUCACAGAUGCCGGCCCUGUCACAUCAACUACACGUUCAUCGGGAAAAUAGAAACAAUUAACGCAGACUCGAGAAGCAUCCUCCAGCUUGCCAAAAUCGACAAACUAGUCUCGUUUCCAGACGCUCAAGGCAGCAGUCCUACAAACAGUUCUACCUCCAAGGUAAUGGCUUCUUACUUUGCCGAUCUGUCCGUUACCGACAUACAACGCCUUCAUAAAAGAUACAAGUGGGAUUUCAAACUGUUUGGCUACGACACUCCGAAAUAUGAGUUGCCAUAGCUUGCGACCAAGUUGAAAUACUUGCGUUUGUUUACAGGCAGCUACAAUUUGCAAUUAGCGGAAACGUACCUACUGAUUGAACGAUAAAACCCUUGCUCAAAGCAAAGUUUUGACUGGUAGCAAAUAUCAAGUGAAAUUGUUCCGCCUGAAAUUGUAUCAAUCGGAAGAAAACAAUCAUUGACAGAAAUUUAAGAGCAUUUGCCCGGAGGCACGGGUUGUUUUUCAGCAACGGAAUACACUUACAAGAACCCCAACAUUUUAGAUACGUUUGCGCUGUGUUCUCAAAAUGUAGACAAUAUCCACACUGAGCUGAAACUGCAACAAGUUAGUUGCUAUGCACCCUUCUUAUGAUUUGGAGCAAUUUUUUUUGCAUCAAACAAAAUUAUCACAAAAAGCAAAAUAAUGUUCCUAUGUACCUUUAUAGGAAUAUACUUCAGUGUCGCGUGAAACGCACACUGCAGUAGGGGGGCCAUGACUUGUUUUAGACAAUUUUAAAUUUGAUAAAAAGUCCUCCCUACAAAAUAGUUGAAGCGAGCUUUAGUGUUUGUUGAAUAUUACGUAAUUUGUAUGUCCGUGCUCUGCUGAAACUUUCCCCUUGCUGAUAUUAAGGAAGAAAACUGUAUUUUUGAAUUAAAAAAAACACCAUUAGUAUUUUAUAUUACGAGCGAAGAUUAAUAUGCACUAAUCCCAUUGGAAUUACGAAGGGCUUCCUAUUAUAUCAAAAUUGGACGCUUAUGCAAUAUGUUUGUUUGUUUUGUUUGUAUCUUAUCGUUGGCCUACUUCUUGUGAGUUGUCUAAUUAUUAUAAUCAUUCAUUAUUCCAAUACUUAAAAAAUCAUCAAUUCGAAAUUGAAAUUUUCAUUUAAAGGGUGCCACA